GAGUGACUUAGACUUAGUCUGGAUUUUGAAAAAUCAUCAGUGAAACGAUGUUUGUUUGGAAGAUAUUCAAGAAGAAGAAAUCUGUCGAGGUCAAAUGCUGGUUUUGCCAAGCAUCUACUACAGUACCGGCUGGCAAUGUGAAUUGCUUUGACUGCCCAGAAUGUGAACAGUAUAAUGGAUUUACCAAGGAUGGAGGCUAUAACAAGCCUAUCCCAGCCCAGUACAGCGAAGAACUGAACCAGACCUACUCAAGACCAGGUCUUUAUCAGGAGGAUCCUGAGCCUAGACCAAGUCCUCUCUGUGAUGUCUGUCAGACCAACCAAGAAUUGAAGAUUAAGCAGCUGGCUGCUUUUGUUCCUUCUCAUGAGAAAAACUUUGAUGAAGAAGCAAAGGAGUAUUCCGACUAUCUUGAAGAGGCAUACAGACUCUGCCCAGCCUGUAAUGAGAAUAUCUGCGGGGAACUGUACAGACAGGAUGCUCGCAUCAGGUCCAAACUCCUGGGCCAGAGACUACACCAAGCAACCUUGCCAGAUGCACAGGUUGCAAAGGGCCAAAGCCAUAGCAGUCAAAAGUUUGUGUAUAUAUUCAGAGUUCUUGCCAUUAUCGCUGCGACUCUGGUGCUAGCUUGCCAGCUGAGUCUGAAUGUGCAAUCCUCGGGUCAAUUUCAAGAUACAUCAUGUAUAAAAACAGCUUUUCAUCAUUUCAUCUCAUUAGAGAGCAGAAGAACAACCCUAUCCUUAUUGGGCUUAGUGUGCGGUGUGCUUUCGUCAUUGUUGGCUGGAAAAUACAGAUUGAGAUAUUUGGAUUGCGUAUGUCCGUUGUUAUGGAUGUUGUAUAUGGGGAGUAUCACUGCACUACCAUCAUCCUCAUCGUUACUAUCAUUGUUUCCAUGGUUACCAUCAGAUGCCAUCCCAAUAAUGCUUGCUGCCUGUCUGCUUUUAAGCUCGUCAAAGCAUGCCUUACAAGGGAGAAGGGGAAUAGUCAAUAAAGUUUUUAGAAACAAAAGAUUGAGGAACCAGGCGGUUUCCGCUCUCUCGGAUUCCGAGGAUGAAGAUCAACCAAUCGCCAUGCCACGCCCCCCUCAGGCCGCGCCUCCUGCUUCCACUCCGUCAUCAUUGUCUCUCAGUCAAAGCAUCCAAUCAGAGAAUGGGGAGAUCCAAAGGAUACUACUGGACCAGGAUAUAAGUGGUCUAAGUCUUGGACCUCCUGGCCUAGCCAAAGCAAAGAAUAAAGAUGUAUGGACAGCUCACACUCCUCCCACCAGUAGACCGGCCACGCCCCUCUCCUCAGAGGGCCGGCCCUCGUCCAGGGAAUUCCGCCCCAUCAUAUCGCCUGCGACCUUUAAUCCUCCUGGGAUGACGAGAUCGGCGUCACAGAACUCCUUUGUGUCGUCUUUCAGUGGUACCUUUGCAGAUUCCGGGCCGUUUCAAGAUCAGAGAGUCACUUCUUCCCGCGAAAACCUGGUUGAUAGAGGAAGGAGCUUGUUUGAGGAUAAUAGUUCUGAUGGAUCAUCACCUAUUUGUAUGAUUGCUAAAGAGAGCCCAAUCCCACCUAAAAGAGAACAAAAAACAGCUGUACAUGGUUGGACCUCCUGUCUGCUACCCGGAAUAUUAGGAUUCAGUUUGGGUAUUAACUGUGCUGCUGCCCUCUACUUCUUGUACGGGAGAUGAUCCAGGCCUUCGUUACUCCCAUGAUGCUUUGUUCUUCUACAAGGAACUCUGAUCAUGAUGUACCGUCCUCAACAUUGUCUUGAAAUGAAAUAACCAUGAUGAUAUGAUGAUAUGGUAGAGAAAGGCUAUGCAGGUCCAUGGUCAUUGAAUGUGAUGCUGCCCUCUACAUUUCAAGAUGAAUGUGUCGUCUCAUUGAUGCCUUGUUCUUGUAUGAGGGAUUUUAUCAUGAUGUGCUGCCCUCUAUGUUGUGUCUAAUCAUGAAAGACUGUACGCUGACCUCGAUACAACAAU